UGUUCAGACACGAUCUUUCAGCUGCACUUCCUGCUCUGCCCUCCUUCCCGUGGACUCUGCCUCCUCACUGUGGAGAUGCCCCUGCAAGUCCGGGGUCCUGGAGCCAGGAAGAAAACAAAACCAUGAAUGCCAGGGAGCUCGCCUUAGCUUCUCUGAUACAUGCUACCAGCUGCACUGGGGAGCUGCCUGUGGGUCGCCGGCUGAGGAGGAAGAAGGACUGGUCCUGGUCGCUCGUCGUGGCCGCUCUCGUGGGAGCCUUCGGAUCUUCCUUCCUCUAUGGGUACAACCUCUCCGUGGUGAAUGCGCCCACGCCGUAUAUCAAGGCCUUUUACAAUGAAACCUGGUACAGAAGGCACGGACAUCCCAUAGACCCGGAUACCCUGACCCUGCUCUGGUCUGUGACCGUGUCCAUAUUUGCAAUUGGUGGCCUGGUGGGGACGCUGCUGGUGAAGCUCAUCGGAAAGUUUAUUGGGAGGAAGUACACGCUGCUGGUCAAUAAUGGAUUUGCAAUUUGUGCAGCCUUGCUGAUGGCCUGCUCACUCCAGGCAGGAGCCUUUGAAAUGCUCAUUGUGGGACGUUUCAUCAUGGGCGUGGAUGGAGGCAUCGCGCUCAGUGCGCUCCCCAUGUACCUCAAUGAGAUCGCACCCAAGGAGAUCCGAGGCUCACUGGGCCAGGUGACUGCCAUCUUCAUCUGCAUUGGCGUGUUUGUUGGGCAGCUGCUGGGCUUGCCUGAGCUCCUGGGAAAGGAGAGCACCUGGCCAUACCUGUUUGGAGCGAUCGUUGUCCCUGCCUUGGUCCAGCUGGCAAGCCUGCCAUUUCUCCCUGAGAGCCCACGCUACCUCCUUCUUGAAAAGCAUGACGAGGCAGAAGCCAUGAAAGCCUUCCAAACAUUUCUGGGCAAAGCAGAUGUCUCCGAAGAGCUGCAGGAGGCCCUGGCUGAAAGCCGCGUGCAGAGGAACCUCCAUCUGCUGUCCGUGCUGGAGCUGCUGAGGGCACCCUUUGUCCGCUGGCAGGUCAUCACUGUCGUCGUCACCAUGGCCAGCUACCAGCUGUGUGGACUCAACGCGAUCUGGUUCUACACCAAUAGCAUCUUUGGGAAAGCUGGGAUCCCUCAGGACAAGAUUCCAUACAUCACCCUGAGCACUGGUGGAAUUGAGACGCUAGCUGCCAUCUUCUCUGGCCUGGUGGUGGAGCGCCUAGGGCGGAGGCCUCUCCUCAUUGGUGGCUUCGGGCUGAUGGCCCUCUUCUUUGGAACUCUCACUGUGACACUGACCCUGCAGGACCAAGCCCCCUGGGUGCCUUACCUAAGCAUUGUGUGCAUCUUGGCCAUCAUUGCCUCGUUCUGCAGCGGCCCAGGUGGGAUUCCAUUCAUCCUGACCGGAGAGUUCUUCCAGCAGUCAGAGCGGCCGGCGGCCUUCAUUAUUGCAGGCACAGUGAACUGGCUCUCCAACUUCACUGUGGGCCUCCUUUUCCCCUUCAUCCAGAAAAGCCUCGACUCCUACUGCUUCCUCGUCUUUGCCACAGUGUGUAUCGCAGGGGCUAUCUACUUCUAUUUUGUCCUCCCUGAGACCAAGAACAGAACCCAUGCAGAGAUCAGCCAGUCCUUCGCCAAGAGGAACAAGGCUCACCCCCCACAGGUGAAGACUGACUCGGCCAUGGCAGACGAGAAGGCUAACGGCCAGCCUGAGACAGAUCCGUCCUCCACACUGGACAGCCAAGGCCAAAACCAAACGUCUAAAUGUGUGUUCUCAAUGCAAUAGCCCAAGGCCUUUCCAAAACUUAGAAGGUUUCAGGUGGUAGAAGCCAUGUGAGACUCUCACGCUGGGAUGUUAGGAAGAAUCCUGUGUGAAUCAGACCUCACAGCCAUGUCUUCAUAGCUAUCCCUUCCAAAUUCCCUGGGAAGCAUUGCCUAGGUCUGGUACACUCAGCAUCCCAUACAGACCAAAGACGCCUUCUUCAUGACUAAACCCAUAGUUUUCAAAUAAAGUUGGGGAUCAGGUUGCCUACUCAAAGUAAAGCCUUCUGAUCUGAUGGACAUUUGUUGUAAAGGGAAUAGCAGUCUGGGUCCUGUCCCAGCUGUGCUGUUGCUAAGCAACAGUCCUUGGUUCCAGCCUCCAGGGACCUGGACCUUGGUCCUGCAUGGAAGCUUUCUGACUUCCAUGAGAAGAUUCUUUGUCCACACUAACAAAUGCCUGGUCAGCCUCUGCCCUGUGGACCUGAGGCUUAGGAAUGCCUCACACCAACCCAUCAUGAUGCUGAUCCUACCAAGACAGGCUUUGUCCCCUGCGCUCAAGGCUGCCAGGUCUGAGACUGUCUUUAGGUCAGACUGUUACAGAGAGCACACAGAAGAUCAAUAAAUAAUAUGAGAAUGAACUUUCUGGCAACUAGAAGGCAGAGAGUGUGAGUUGAGCUCUGAACACUGAGAAUGACUCUAAGACUAAACCUAGGUUUGAUGGGAAGGAACACUGGGAUUGAUUGGUAAUGCCUGACCUGGAUGCAGGAAUGACAGUCUCUGCUCCUGAGCCUCAUGUUUGUAAUGUGAAGGAGAUUCAUCUGCAGAGGUCACAAACUGCCUGGAAAGACACUCACCAACUCUCAUAGUGCUCAGGUGAAGGCUGGGAGAAUCACCUGCCUCAACAGUUGUUAAGGUAGUCAGAGUCUGUUCUAGAAUAGGGUGAUGAGUGAGUGUCUGGUUGGAGCAAGUUGCAACUUGCCAUCAUCAUGUGUGGUUCAUCAUUUGACUGAGCCCCUUCUUCUGCCUCCAAAACAAACUACCUAUGACAAAUGUCAUAACUAUAUGGCAGGCAUUUAAACUGGCAUUGGCGUGUUUAAGUUUAGGAUAUCUUAGAAGGUAUGGUACCAGAUGGGGAAGUCCCUAGAUCUAGCAACAUUGCUGUUUUCCUGACUGUUCCAUACAAGGGUGACCUCAACCCAAACCUGAGUUCUGAUUUUCACCUCCAUGCUGAACAUUCUUCGGGCAAGGAAACAUCUGGCCCUGACCUCCACACUCAUGUCUCACAGAGAAGAUGGAAUCAUAGCACCAGGGGUAAGGUGCAAGGCCAGCAGUUCUGGGGGUCAGUGGUAUGGGGACAGGCAGCCAGAAGAGUUGGGGUGGCAGCUGAGAAAGAGGGAUGCCUUCCCAGACAAGGGACAGAGCAGAGCCAGGACCAGUGUGACCUUGAGGCCGAGGCCAGUGACUAUUUUUUGCAUGUUCUUAUUUUUGAAAUUGUAAUGAAGCCACACUAAGGGCACUUUUUUGAAAAAAAAUGAAUCUCAUAAUAAAACUGAUCAUCUCACAUGCUUUAUCAUUUUAUUUGUUACACAGCCCUGUCCAUUUCCUGCCUGUUAUUAAUCCACUUACAAACACAGAAUAUAUAAAACAUGAUUACAAUCAUCUUUCUCUUAUCUCCUAUUUUUCCCACUUGAUAUUAAAUCAAAUACAUCAUCUC